AUGGAGAUAUUCUCCAGGGGAGCGGUCCUCCGCUGGAUGGAGAGCUCCAAAAUCACGGCGGUGGCAUGGUGUUAUAACAACCUGAUCAUCGGCAACGACGCCGGCGAGCUCUACGCCUUCCAGGCGGCGGCCGUGGAGAGCCCCGUGGAAUCGCAAAUAUACAAGUUCUCGAAGGUCAGCAACCGACGCAUCGCGCGCAUAUGCCCGCUGGAGCCGAAGGAAUGGAUUUUGGUGCUCAACGCCGAUGGAGACCUGUAUGUCCUCGACGCCUUCUUCAAAGGGCAUGCCACCAUGCUCUGCAAGAGGGUCACCGCCGUCGGCAGGAGGCUCGCAGAGGUGAGCUACGACGCUGCGGCCAAGAACGGGCCUCUGAACGCGCUGGUGAACCUCAACCAAUUCUGCAUCGGGACCGACAACAGGUUGUACCUCUACUCGGCGGAGGAUCAGGUAGAGCAGCAGCGCGCUAUAACGGUGGACGGGGUCGUGCAUAGCGUUUCGUGGUUCAAGGGCGUCAUAGUCGUGGGCACCAAGGAGGCGUACUACCUCCUGGACGCGGAGGGGACGGUGUGCCACGAACUGUGCAGCAACCUGCAGAUGGACGAGAAGGAUGUGGGAGCGCCCGCGCUCACGACGGCCUGCGUGGACGGCGACGUGAUGGUGGUGUGCCAAAACAUCGGCAUCUUCUACAGCACCGAGACCCUGAACCUGUCGAAGAAGAACACCAUCCAGUGGCGGAACCGGCUGGAGGCCCUGGGCUGUGCGCCGCCGUACGUUAUCGGUAUAACGGUGGAUCGCCUGGUGGAAGUGUACGGAGUCAGGGACCAGCUGCUGUACCAGACCAUAGACCAAACCAACGCCACCAUUGUCCACUACAUGCCAGACAGGUCGUGCGUCCUCACCGCGACGCCCAACGUCGUCACUGUGAUGAAGCCCAAAUCGUACCAUCAGUGCCUGACCGACUGCAUCGAGCGAAAGGACAUAAGGCAGGCGAUGCACCUGGCGGAUGUGUAUUUCGCGGCCGACGACCCGAUGCGACCCGUGGAGACGAAGGUGGCACAUACUGUAGCCGGUUGGGUCAGGUUCGCCGACGUCAACUUCCCCCUCGCAUUCCAGCAUUUCACGUUGGGGGAUGUAGACAUAGUCCACCUGAUAUCGUUUUGGAACCACUACGCCGAACUCAAGGUUCCCGACUCGUACGUCCGCAACCAGCAGGUGCCGGCCAUCCUGCGGAAGUUCAUACCCAAAGCGUCUGGCAUCAGCCAGUACGUCGUCAAACGCUUCAAUGAGCUGAAGGAUGUCCUGCCGGAGAACACGACGGUAGCAAAGCUCUUGGAAAUGGCCAACGUCUCCUUUGCCGCAUUCCUGCUGAAGCACUUCAACCCCAAGACGUUCCUGAACAGGAGCGGGGAGCCACUGGACGACUUCAACCAGGCGCUCGUGGCCACGGUAGAAAAAACGAACCUGCUGCUGCUGGCCGAGUGCGACGACCCUAAAUGCAGCAUCAUCAUCAACAGGCCCAGGGAAGAAACCUUCCUGGACCCGGACGCGUGCGGCAGGCACCUCCUGCAGAUGAACAAGAGCGAGGUGUUCGCCAAACUGCUCAUCAAGCAGGAGCGAUACAGGGAGGCGAUGGACAUCAUGGCCAAGUACAUCAGGGACGAGGUCGGCGAGGUGGCGACGGAAGACGUCACCCUCGAAAUAAAGUCCGUCUGCUGCGAACUCGCCUCGUGCCUCAACAUGCUCAUCGAAAACAGCCACAACGAGUACACAGACAGCAAUACAAAUGUCAAACCGGAGGAAGAGAUCCGGGACAUCCUCAACACCUACCUACCCGUGCUGCUUUCGAGCUACCCCAAUGCAGCCCUCGACGUGCUGACGAAGAAUCACGCGAUGAUCCCGUUUAGCACCGACCAGAUCGUGUCCAUGAUAGACGCAUACGCGCAAAAGGUGGGCAGCCGCAUCGCGGGAGGCUACUGCACGUCCAACAUUGCGAUGCGCAUCAAGUACCUCGAGGACCUGGUCAUCACCAAGAAACACGGCACCGUGCACGAAAACACGUUGCUGGCGAAGCACUACAUCAACGAGCUGAUUCUCCACGGGAAGACCAAGAGUGCGAAAGACGGCGUCACCGCCAUCAAGAAAACGCUGCUGGAGCUACUGGAAUCCAACAACAACUUCGACAUGGUGGAGCUGGAGCCGCUGCUAGCGAAGCUGAAUUUCGUCGAGACGAAGGUGCUGGUGCACAGCAUGUUCAACCGCCAUGAAGACGCGCUGAGGACGCUGUUCGAUUGGGAGGAGUCCGGCGAUAGGACAAAGCGAUGUGAGGCGUACUGUAUGUGCUUCGGAGACGUCGCAGCUGUCUACAGCGCUGUGGAGAAGGAAACUCCGUUCAAACGGUACUUCAGCAACUUCGACUACUGGAUGCGCAGGGCCAACGAGUGGCCGCUCACUGGGCACCACAUAUACAACAUCAAUACGUCGGACACGUCAAUCGACAGGCUGCUAUUGCGACUGCUAAACAUCAUAGUGGAGCACUCCCAACGCGACGAGGGUUGCAUCACCGUGGUACGGGACCUGCUGGCGAAGUACAUUCCGCUCUGCACCCACAGCUCCGUGCUGAAUGCGUCCAGCAUCGUGGAACUCAUCCCGGACACCUGGAACUUCGCCCUGUUCGCCGACGUGUUCACGCAGCUACAGCUCAAGGCGCUGCACGAGCAGCGGACCAUGGCCAUGAAGCGCGGAUUGACGAGGUCGCUGCAUUCACAGACAGCGAAGAACCUCUACAAACUCACGUGCGUCCCCCCAAUCACAAUAGACGCGAGCUCCACGUGCAGCAUAUGCCAGGAGCCGAUCAAGCUGGGAAUGUCGAUCGCCAUACCGCCGCCGAGCCAGAGCGACGCUACGCAGCAGCAGGGCGGCAAGCAACCGAUGCUCAUGCAUGAACAGUGCGCGAAAAACGUGCACGACAAGUGA